AUUAAUUGCACUGUUCUGCUGCAAUUACACUGACAGGUUAACUUUUUUAGUUUAUUCAAUGCUUCUCUAAAAUGUUUUUUGCAAAUCAGUCUCAGACCAACGUCACAGUUGGACUGCAGUAUCAGGGGCUGCUGGGAUUAGUGUUGUUUUCUAUUCUGACUACAGUUCCAUGCUGUGUGUUUCUCUUCAUUAAUGUGAUCAUGCUUUUCACCCUGAGGAGUAAACCAGUGUUUCGUGAAACCUCCCGUUACGUUCUCCUGUACAACCUGCUUUUUGCAGACACUGUACAAUUGGCACAGAGUCAGUUAUUGUACCUACUGGCUGUUUGUAGAAUAAUGUUGACAUAUCCUGUGUGUGGUGUUCUCACCAUGCUCGCCAGUCUCACAACUGCAAUCUCUCCUCUCACACUGGUGGUGAUGUCUCUGGAGAGAUAUGUAGCUGUGUGCUACCCACUGAGGCACGCUACCAUCAUCACCAUCAGAAACACAGAGGUGGCUAUCAUUGUGGUUUGGGCCUUCAGUUCACUAAAUGUCCUCACUCGAGUUCUGUUACUGUUAGUUUUUCCAUUGAAACACUUGCAGAGUCUGCAGAUGAAAGACUUCUGUAGCAAAGAAAGCAUGUUGCCUGAUCCAGUGUCUGAUCUUUAUGAAAAAGCCUUCACUUAUUUUCUGUUUGUUUCAGCUGGUGUGGCAGUCAUUUGCUCCUAUAUUGGUGUGAUGUUAGCAGCCAGGUCAGCCUCUACAGACAAAGCUUCAGCUCGUAAGGCUCGUAACACACUGCUGCUGCAUCUGGUGCAGCUGGGCCUCAGUCUCUCCUCAACUAUACACAACCAACUGCUCCUAGCUAUCUCAAAGGUCCUCGAAAGGAUAAUAACUGUGCGUAUACAAAUUGUCCUUUAUAUUUGUAUUAUCAUUCUCCCAAGAUGUUUAAGUUCUCUAAUCUAUGGUAUCAGAGACCAAACCAUCAGACCCGUCCUCAUGCACCAUCUCUGCUGUUGGUGGAGACAGUCUCCUUUUCUCUCAGUCAUUCCAGGUGAGACAAAAAUCAGCAUACUUAUAAGCUGA